AAAACAUUCAAACUGGUCCCUCCCACACACACACAUGCGUGACGUCAAGUGGUGGCGUGGCUGGUGAGCAUCAGCAACCUCUGACAGAUUGCCAGCUCGGAGGGAGACAGGAAACCGGACCUGCUCCAUCCAAACACCACCCCACUCCUGCUCUAUCUGUUAUCCUCCCCCUAUCAUCCCUGUGCAGGAUGACAGCGUGACCAGCCAGGAGCUGUCGAGGUAUAUACACCCUCCUCCUCCUCCUUUCUUGCUUCCCUCCCUCCCUCCUCCUCCUCUGCCGCCCCUACAGCAGCAGCAGCGGCAGCGACACACCACCACCACCACCACCGCGCCACCCUCACCACCGCUUUGUCGACUCGGAUCUGCCGUGAGCCGGACAUGAAUUCGGCGGAACAAACGGUGACAUGGCUGAUUACGCUCGGGGUGCUCGAGUCGCCAAAGAAGACCAUCUCGGAUCCCGAGGCUUUCCUGCAGAGCUCCCUCAAGGAUGGCGUGGUCCUGUGCAGGCUGCUGGAGCGCCUCAGCCCCGGAUUCACGGAGAAAAUCUACCAGGAGCCGAAGAACGACGGCGAGUGCCUGAGCAACAUAAAGGAGUUUGUCAAGGGCUGUACAUCUUUCCGUGUCGAGCCGUUUGAGGCCACUGACCUGCUGCUUGGGCAGAACUUCUCAAAGGUGCUGAGUAGUCUGGUUGCUCUGAAUAAAGUGACAGCAGAUAUUGGCGUGGGUAGUGAUUCGGUGUGCGCCCGACACACUUCAGCCCACCGCAUCAAGUCGUUCGAGUCAUUGGCCUCUCAGGCUUCACUGGGUCGAUCCUCCAAGCUGCUGCAAAGCCAGUUUCGCAGUCUGGACAUGUCAGAGAACAGCGGACAGCAUCUGCUGGUGAAGGCGCGCUUUAACUUUCAGCAAACCAAUGAGGAUGAGCUCACCUUCAGCAAGGGUGAUAUCAUUAGCGUGACUCGUCAGGAGGAUGGGGGCUGGUGGGAGGGGACUCUCAACGGCAGGACGGGAUGGUUUCCUAGCAACUAUGUCCGUGAACUCAAAGGCUCUGACAAACAAGUGUCCCCAAGGUCUGGUACACUUAAAAGUCCACCUAAAGGCUUUGACACAUCUGCAAUUAGCAAGACAUACUACAACUUGGUGUUGCAAAACAUUUUAGAAACAGAGACAGAAUAUUCCAAGGACCUUCAAAGCCUCCUCACAAAUUACCUGCGUCAUCUCCAGAGCUUUGAGAAGUUGAGUGGAGCGGAUGUAUCGCUGAUCUUGGGCAACUUGGAGGAGAUCAGCACCUUUCAGCAGAUGCUGGUCCAAUCACUGGAGGAAUGCACCAAGCUGCCAGAGAGUCAACAAAGAGUGGGCGGGUUCUUCAUCAAUCUCAUGCCCCAAAUGAAGGCUCUUUAUGUGGGUUACUGCUCCAACCACCCCUGUGCAGUGAAUGUACUCACACAACACAGUGAGGUUUUGGGGGAGUUCAUGGAGGGUAGGGGUGCCGUCAGCCCUGGGAUCCUCACCCUGACCACUGGCCUCAGUAAAUCCUUCAUGAGGUUGGAUAAAUACCCCACUCUGCUCAAAGAGCUGGAGAGGCACAUGGAGGAGAGCCACCCUGACAGAGGUGACAUCCAGAAGUGCAUGGCUUCUUUCAAAAAUCUGUCGGCACAGUGCCAGGAAGUGCGGAAGCGUAAGGAGCUGGAGCUGCAGAUCCUGACCGAAUCCAUCCGGCUGUGGGAGGGUGACGACAUCAAGACACUUGGCUCUGUGCUGUACAUGAGCCAGGUCCUGGUGCUCAAUCCUGGGGCAGAGGAGAAGAGUGAGCGUUACCUCAUGCUCUUCCCCCAUGUCCUUCUCUUGUUGUCGGCCAGCCCCAGGAUGAGCGGCUUCAUAUUCCAGGGAAAAUUGCCUCUGGCUAGCAUGUCGGUGACCAAACUAGAAGACUGUGAAGCCCACAAAAAUGCCUUUGAGCUCAGCGGCCCCAUGUUCGAACAUCUUCAAGUGGCGUGCACUAAUCAGCAGGAUCUGCAAGACUGGGUGGAGCAUCUAACACGACAGAUCAAGCACACUGCAGCCACAGCGCCAAGCCACAAACCUCUCACUGUGCCCUGCCACACUCUUCCCUCCCACCCCGUCACCCCUUCCCGACACGCUGAGGGUAGGGCCAUGACCGUGGCCCCUACCUACCACACCCUGCCUCACCCCUCCUCCCACGGAACGUCUCACAGCAUGAUGAUGUGGGGCCCGCUGGAACCCCCCAACACCCCCAAACCUUGGAGCCUGAGCUGCCUGCGGCCCGCACCCCCACUGCGACCCUCUGCCGCCCUUUGCUACAAGGAGGAUCUCAGUAAAAGUCCCAAGAGUGUGAAGAAACUUCUUCCCAAACGCAAGCCUGAGAGGAAACAGUCUGAGGAGGAGUUUUCCUUGAGGAAGAGCACAGCUGCUCUGGAAGAAGACGCUCAGAUCCUAAAAGUCAUAGAGGCCUACUGCACCAGCGCCAAAACCAGGCAGACGCUCAACUCCACAUGGCAGGGCACCGACUUGAUGCACAACCAUGUGCUGGCCGACGCCGAUCGGCCCUGCACGGACUCGCCGGGCCGCCGUAGCAGCGUGUCGCGGCCAGAGUUGUCCUCCGACCUUUCGGAGGACUCUGACUACGACUCCAUUUGGACCAGCCACUCUUACCGGAUGGGUUCGGUGCCACGCAAGAAACGGAGGGACACAGAGCUGCAUGUGAUCAUUCCCGGCGAGGAGAAAGUCCUGCUGGAAGAUUCCAGUCGCAAUGGACAAAGUGCAGUGGAAGAGAAGAGCCUCGUGGAUGUGGUGUAUGCACUCAGGGAUGAGGUUCAGGAGCUAAAACAGGACAACAAGAAGAUGAAGAGGUUGCUGGAGGAGGAGCAGAAAGCUCGCAAGGACCUGGAGAAGGUGGUGAGGAGGGUCUUGAAGAGCAUGAACGACCCCACGUGGGACGAGACCAACCUGUGAGGCUCCCUUUGACAAUCGAGAGAAGAUGAAAACAUUCCUCAAUCAAAUAUGAGGGCCACAAAGGACCUCGUCAUCUCCAGUCAAGACACACAUGGAGACUUCGCCUCUCCUUCUGUUUACAAUCAUUCCACUGAAUGUACUCCAGUAUGCUCCUUGAAUGCUACUGACCAGUGACGUGUGGUGAGGUUCAUGGCUGGUGAGGUACUGACUCCUUUGGAGGGUUUUUUUAAUGUUGAUUGCUCACUAAGAGGACAACCAAAAAAGAAUAGACAUUCGCUUUGGCUAAAAAUAUUUUCACUUCUUAGUCCCAUUUAUUUAUUUUUUUAUUAACUAACAAGCAUUUGUGUUCUUACCUUUUAUCUGUAUAUGAAGCACAUGCACCCUCCUUCACCAGGAAAACUUCUGAUACUUGGUUGUAAAAGUGCUCCAUCUUGGCGGUCAAAUUCAUUCAUUCAUUCAUUCAGCAGAGCAUACAACUGUUUUGCAUUUGACUUGUUUAGAAAUCUAGCUGUAGCCAGCAAUGCUGUUUGUGUAUUUCAGUAAAGAAAAAAAAUAUUCUGGCUUUUCCUCUUUGCAAGGACGGCAGUUGACAAGCACCUUCCAGCUCAUGCACGCUUGACCCCGUCAGGAUGCAUCGGUACUGCAAGUGCCUCCUGUAUGACAUUUUUGUUUUAUUGUUCAAUUAGCGAGAAGAGGCUGUAGAACACGCGUCAAACUCGUGUCCUGCAGGGCCGAGACGCUGCAGGUUUUCUCUCCAACCAGUUUCUUCAGCAGGUGAUUUAAUUGAUGAGCU